AUGAAUGUAUCGGCAAUGUUGAUCAAUUUUGGUGGAACACUUAUGAUGACAUAUGAAAUCUAUUUGUCCAAUAGAUUACCGAACCGACCCUGUGACCUUCUAAUAUCUUUCAUCGAAUGUUUUAUCAUUCGCGCACCGCUUGUUUUGGGUUCUUUUAAUAUUCACACAUCUGUAUUAACCUUUUUCAUUGAACGAUUGUUUGCUACCAUAAAGUAA